GUGCCGACGCUGACACGUCGAUGCGUACGCCGUGCCGGCUUUGGAGUAUUUCUCCUGGGCCCCGGCGCCCUCCUACCCUUCCUCUACCCUUCUUAGUGUGGGUCGGUCAGUCAGUUAGUUUGUACGUCUGCGCGGGCGUCGGUAGUACCUCCGCCGGCCGUCUGGCUGAGUGACUAAGGAGAGGCCGAGUCCCGGGGUUCCUCCCGAUCUAGGCAGUCGGACUGCCGUUUGUCCUCCCCGCCAGACGUGGAGAUCGACUUGGACGGGCAAAGUAUAGAGACGAAAGCGAGGAAGGUUUUAGGAAUUGGAAUAAGAUUUCAUUUCUUCUCAUAUGGAUCACUGAAUGAAUGAUAUGGACUUACCUCGUCUUACAGGAGCAUUGCGCUCCUUUUCAAAUGUCACCAAACAGGAUGAUUAUAAUGAAGAAUCAGCUGACUUAAUGCUGAAACGAUCCAAACUUCAGAAGCAAAUUUCAGAUUUAGGACUCACAUGGAAUAAGAUUGUAAAAUUUGUGGAUGAUAAUCUGGAGAAGAAGGAAGUACAAAUUGUAAAUGAAGACUUAAAAGAUAUAUUGCGAGCAGCAAAGCAGAUAGUUGGAACAGACAAUGGACAGGAAGCAAUUGAAAGUGGAGCAGCAUUUCUUUUCAAGACUUUUCACUUGAAGGAUUGUGUUGGUCAUAAUGAAACAAAGGCUCUUAACCAGAUGUUUGGUCCCUUUCCAUCAUCAUCUGCUACUGCAGCUUGUAAUGCCACUUGUCGGAUUGCAUCCCACUUUAGUGAAGACCGUCUCACAGCACUUGUACAAAUGACAGAAGAACAAAAUGGUGACAGAGUAUUAUUUGGAAAAAAUAUAGUGUUUUCUUUUGACAUGCAUGAUUUAGAUCACUUUGAAGAAUUGCCAAUAAAUGGUGAAGCUGAUGCCCAGAAAGUUAUAAGCCUUGAUUAUAAGAAAUUUCUAAAUAAUCAUUUAGAACAUUUCCAGGAGAGUUAUACCUCAGAUUUCAAGCCUGUGGAAAAAAACAAUGGUUCUUUUUUAUGGUGUGAAGUUGAAAAGUAUUUCAAUGAAACUUUGAAGGGAACUGCUGAAGCACCAAGAAUAGAAGAUCUUUGCUGUACUUUGUAUGAUAUGCUUGCCUCUGUUAAAAGUGGUGAUGAGCUUCAGAAUGAGCUGUUUGAACUGCUAGGACCUGAGGGAUUUGAACUUAUAGAGAAGCUCCUCCAAAACAGAGUUAUAAUUGUGGAUAGAUUUCUCUCUUCAAAUGACCAUAAGUUGCAAGUUCUUCAAGACAAUUGUAAAAAAUUUUCGGGAGAAAAUGCUAAACCUAAUUAUGGUUGUCAAGUCACUAUUCAGUCUGAACAAGAAAAGCAGUUAAUGAAACAGUAUCGUCGGGAAGAAAAACGAAUUGCCAGAAGAGAAAAAAGAGCAGGAGAAGAUGGAGAAGUUUCAGGAGAAGGACAAAUGUGCUUUGAUCCUAAGGAGUUGAGGAUGCAAAGAGAGCAAGCACUUCAGAAUGCUCGAAGUGUACCAGUUCUGAACAGACAGAGAGAUAUAGAUAUUGAAAAAAUUCAUUAUCCACAUGUUUAUGAUUCCCAAGCUGAAGCCAUGAAAACAUCAGCAUUCAUUGGAGGUGCAAAGAUGCUUUUACCAGAAGGGAUUCAGAGGGAAAACAAUAAGAUGUAUGAAGAAGUAAAAAUUCCCCAUAGUGAACCAAUGCCAAUAGGCUUUGAGGAAAAACCGGUUUUUAUUAAAGACUUGGAUGAGAUUGGCCAGCUGGCUUUUAAGGGAGUGAAAAGACUCAACCGAAUCCAGUCAAUAGUGUUUGAGACAGCCUACAACACAAAUGAAAACAUGCUGAUUUGUGCACCCACUGGAGCUGGAAAGACUAACAUUGCCAUGCUUACAGUCUUGCAUGAAAUUCGACAACAUGUUCAACAAGGUGUUAUCAGAAAGGAUGAGUUUAAGAUAGUGUAUGUUGCUCCAAUGAAGGCUUUGGCAGCUGAAAUGACAAAUUACUUCAGCAAGCGUCUGGAGCCAUUGGGCAUCACGGUGAAAGAGCUGACUGGUGACAUGCAAUUGUCCAAAGGUGAAAUUUUGCGAACACAGAUGCUUGUAACUACACCUGAAAAAUGGGAUGUAGUAACAAGAAAAAGUGUUGGAGAUGUAGCCCUUUCCCAACUUGUAAAGCUUCUGAUUCUUGAUGAAGUUCAUCUGCUGCACGAAGAUAGAGGACCUGUAUUGGAAAGCCUAGUUGCACGAACCUUACGACAGGUUGAAUCUACACAGAGCAUGAUAAGGAUUUUGGGACUUUCUGCUACAUUACCCAACUACCUCGAUGUUGCUACUUUUUUGCAUGUCAAUCCUUAUAUUGGACUUUUCUACUUUGAUGGCCGUUUUAGGCCAGUACCUCUUGGACAGACAUUUUUAGGAAUUAAGACGACAAAUAAGGUGCAACAGUUGAAUAACAUGGAUGAAGUAUGUUAUGAAAAUGUUUUGAAACAAAUAACAGCUGGACAUCAGGUGAUGGUUUUUGUGCAUGCUCGAAAUGCCACUGUACGAACAGCUAUGGCUUUAAGAGAAAAAGCCAAAAAUAAUGGCCACAUUUGCUAUUUUUUACCAAACCAAGGAGCUGAAUAUGGACAUGCUGAAAAACAGGUACAAAAGUCCAGAAAUAAGCAGUUGCGAGAAAUGUUUCCAGAUGGCUUUAGUAUUCAUCAUGCUGGAAUGCUUCGACAGGACAGAAGUUUGGUUGAAAAUUUGUUUUCUCAUGGACAUAUCAAAGUUCUAGUUUGUACAGCUACAUUAGCAUGGGGUGUCAAUCUCCCUGCUCAUGCUGUUAUUAUUAAGGGAACACAAAUAUAUGCUGCAAAAAGAGGUUCCUUUGUUGACCUUGGAAUUUUAGAUGUCAUGCAGAUAUUUGGUCGAGCUGGAAGGCCACAAUUUGAUAAAUUUGGGGAAGGCAUAAUCAUAACAACUCAUGAUAAACUCAGCCAUUACCUGACCCUACUUACUCAACAGAAUCCCAUUGAAAGCCAGUUUUUGGAAAGCCUUGCUGAUAAUCUGAAUGCAGAGAUUGCUCUGGGAACAGUUACUAAUGUGGAAGAGGCAGUGAAGUGGAUAAGUUACACUUAUCUUUAUGUACGGAUGAGAGCAAAUCCAUUAGUAUAUGGCAUCAGUCACAAAGCCUAUCAGAUGGACCCAACAUUGGAGAAACAUCGAGAACAGUUAGUCAUUGAAGUUGGGCGAAAGCUAGACAAAGCCCGAAUGAUUCGUUUUGAAGAACGGACUGGAUAUUUUUCUUCAACAGAUUUGGGCAGGACUGCUAGCCACUACUAUAUCAAAUACAACACCAUUGAGACCUUCAAUGAACUCUUUGAUGCUCAUAAAACAGAAGGAGAUAUCCUUGCUAUAGUGUCUAAAGCUGAAGAAUUUGAGCAAAUUAAGGUCAGAGAAGAAGAAAUAGAGGAGUUAGAUGUUUUAUUGAAUAAUUUCUGUGAACUUUCUGCUCCUGGAGGUGUAGAAAAUAGUUAUGGAAAAAUAAAUAUCCUUCUCCAAACAUAUAUAAGUCGAGGAGAGAUGGAUAGUUUCUCUCUGAUAUCAGAUUCUGCAUAUGUUGCACAGAAUGCAGCUAGAAUUGUGCGUGCUCUUUUUGAAGUUGCUCUUAGGAAACGUUGGCCUGCUAUGACUUACCGGCUUUUGAACCUCAGCAAAGUCAUUGACAAGCGAUUGUGGGGUUGGGCUAGCCCUCUGAGACAGUUUUCAGUGUUACCACCAUCUGUCCUUACAAAAUUAGAAGAAAAGAAACUCACUGUAGAUAAACUGAAAGACAUGAGGAAAGAUGAAAUAGGUCACAUGCUGCAUCAUGUGAAUAUUGGGCUAAAGGUCAAACAGUGUGUCCAUCAGAUUCCUUCUGUUACACUGGAAGCAGCUAUACAGCCCAUUACACGUACUGUACUCCGAGUAAGGCUGAACAUCUGCCCUGACUUCAAGUGGAAUGAUCAGGUGCAUGGUACAGUUGGAGAACCGUGGUGGAUUUGGGUAGAAGAUCCCACAAAUGAUCAUAUUUAUCAUUCUGAGUAUUUUCUCAUUCAAAAAAAGCAGGUCAUUGCAAAAGAAUCUCAGUUGCUGGUAUUUACAAUCCCUAUUUUUGAACCUUUGCCUUCUCAAUACUACAUUCGGGCUGUUUCUGACAGAUGGUUAGGAGCAGAGGCUGUAUGUAUCAUCAACUUUCAACAUUUAAUUCUGCCGGAGAGACAUCCUCCUCAUACAGAGUUACUGGAUCUGCAGCCAUUACCUGUCACAGCUUUGGGAUGCCGAAAAUAUGAAUCCCUAUACAACUUCACUCACUUCAAUCCUGUGCAGACACAGAUAUUUCACACGCUCUAUCACACAGACUGUAAUGUACUACUUGGAGCACCCACUGGCUCAGGAAAGACUGUAGCUGCUGAAUUAGCCAUCUUUAGAAUCUUUAACAAGUAUCCCUCAUCAAAGGCUGUGUACAUUGCACCCCUGAAAGCUCUAGUACGUGAAAGAAUGGAAGAUUGGAAAGUCAGAAUAGAAGAAAAACUUGGCAAAAGAGUUAUUGAACUAACAGGAGAUGUGACUCCUGAUAUGAAAUCCAUUGCCCAAGCUGACCUUAUUGUCACUACACCAGAAAAGUGGGAUGGAAUCAGCAGAAGCUGGCAGAACAGGAGCUAUGUUAAAAAAGUCGCCAUUCUCAUUAUAGAUGAGAUCCAUCUGCUAGGGGAUGAGAGAGGCCCAGUUCUAGAGGUUAUUGUAUCUCGCACUAACUUCAUCUCUUCUCACACGGAAAAGCCUGUUAGAGUAGUUGGUUUGUCUACUGCAUUAGCUAAUGCCAGAGACCUUGCUGACUGGCUCAGUAUUAAUCAGAUGGGGUUGUUCAACUUCAGACCAUCAGUUCGUCCAGUUCCCCUGGAAGUUCAUAUUCAUGGUUUCCCGGGUCAACAUUACUGUCCUCGUAUGGCUAGUAUGAAUAAACCUGCAUUUCAAGCAAUUAGAAGCCAUUCACCAGCCAAACCUGUUCUGAUAUUUGUGUCAUCCCGACGUCAAACUCGUCUUACAGCAUUGGAAUUGAUAGCUUUUCUGGCUACUGAAGAUGAUCCUAAACAGUGGUUGAACAUGGAUGAAAGAGAGAUGAAUGACAUCAUUGGAACAAUAAGAGAUUCUAACCUAAAACUGACUCUUGCCUUUGGAAUAGGAAUGCAUCAUGCUGGACUGCAUGAAAGAGAUAGAAAAACAGUGGAAGAAUUAUUUGUAAAUUGCAAAAUCCAGGUUCUUAUUGCUACAAGCACGUUAGCAUGGGGUGUAAACUUUCCAGCUCAUUUAGUCAUUGUUAAGGGAACAGAAUAUUAUGAUGGAAAAACAAGACGCUAUGCGGAUUUUCCCAUUACAGAUGUACUUCAAAUGAUGGGACGUGCUGGUAGACCUCAAUUUGACGACCAAGGCAAGGCUGUAAUCUUGGUUCAUGACAUAAAGAAAGACUUCUACAAAAAAUUUCUUUAUGAACCAUUCCCAGUAGAAUCAAGCUUACUAGACGUGCUUUCUGAUCAUUUGAAUGCUGAGAUUGCUGCUGGUACAAUAACAUCCAAGCAGGAUGCAAUGGAUUACAUUACCUGGACUUAUUUUUUCCGUCGGCUUAUCAUGAACCCCAGUUAUUAUAACCUGGAUGAUGUGAGCCAUGAAUCCAUGAAUAAGUUCCUUUCAAACCUUGUGGAAAAGGCCCUCAUUGAACUGGAAUAUUCCUAUUGUAUUGAAAUUGGAGAGGAUAAUCGUAGCAUUGAACCACUUACAUUUGGCCGAAUUGCAUCCUAUUAUUAUUUGAAGCACCCAACUGUCAGAAUGUUCAAGGAUCGUUUGAAACCUGAAUGCAGUGUGGAGGAUUUGCUUUCAGUUCUGACUGAUGCUGAAGAGUAUGCAGAUCUGCCAGUAAGGCACAAUGAAGAUCAGAUGAACAGCGAACUGGCAAGGAAUCUCCCCAUCGAAGUAAAUCCUCAUUCAUUUGACAAUUCCCACACAAAAUCACAUCUCCUGCUGCAAGCUCAUUUUAGCCGAGCCAUGUUACCAUGCCCAGACUAUGGCACUGACACUAAAACAGUAUUGGACCAAGCUGUCAGAGUAUGUCAGGCAAUGUUGGAUGUUGCAGCAAACCAAGGCUGGUUGGUAACUGCCCUGAAUAUCACCAGUCUGAUUCAGAUGGUAAUCCAGGGUCGAUGGAUGAGUGAUUCUUCUCUUCUUACACUGCCAAACAUAGAGCAGCACCAUCUUCAUCUUUUCAGGAAAUGGAACCAAGGAAAAAGAAAGGGUCCACCUGGAGGUUACCAAGGUCCCGUCGAGUGCCUUCCUGAAUUAAUUGCUGCUUGUGAAGGAAAAGAGAAAAUAUUCAAUUCCAUUAUAGAUGGAGAACUUCAGACUGCACAUGUGACACAGGCUUGGAAUUUCUUGUCUCAUUUGCCAGUGAUAGAUGUUGACUUGAGCAUUAAAGGCUCGUGGGAUUCAGCUGAGGGACAGAACGAACUGUGUAUCCCAACUUUGGCAACAGAUGGACGAGAUGACAAAAAAUGGAUCAAGUUACACACUGAUCAAGAGUAUGUGCUUCAGGUCAACUUGCAAAGAGUCCACAUGGGGUACCAGAAGGGAAAACAAGACAGCAAAGCUGUUGCUCCUAGAUUUCCCAAAUCCAAGGAUGAAGGGUGGUUUUUGAUAUUAGGUGAAAUAGAUAAGAAAGAGCUUGUUGCUUUGAAAAGAGUGGGGUACAUCAGAAAUCGAAAUUCUAUCUCUCUUGCUUUUUAUACUCCUGAAAUAUCUGGAAGGUAUAUCUACACACUUUAUCUCAUGAGUGACAGCUAUCUUGGCAUGGACCAGCAGUAUGACAUUUAUCUGAAUAUCAUCCCAGCAAGCAUUUCAGCACAGGUCAACACCAAGGUCUCUGAUGCCUUGACUGACCUGGCUUUCAAGUAACCUGACCUGAACAAUACAUUUGAAAGAAGUGGUUGUGAAAUCUGGCCGUUCAUUCUUCUGGAUAACAUUGAAAUUACUUGAUGUUUGCCUUAGUGGAAUCAACUUCUAACCUCAAGACACCUCAGAAAUUGAAAAGUGGCUGCUGUAUUGACUCUAGUAACCCAGAGUUAGCCACAGUGGCCUUAUAAAAAGUUGCCUUUUGUCAUUUUGUCUUCAUUGGUUUCUUGAAAUGCAAAAUGAAUAAGCAUGUAGGAGAAUAUUUUAAUUUGUGUACAUUCAAAAUUGUAUCCUUUAUUUAGAAAUUAUUCAUUAACCUUUACCAUUGUACAUGGCACUGUUUACACAAAUACUUACUUUUUUUCUUCUAGUGAAAAAUACACUGAGGAAUGAAAAUUCAACACUAUUAGGGAAUGUUACAACAGUUUACAACCCUGUAGUGUAAAAAAUAUAGGAUAAAUCUGAGAUAUCUAAUUUGUUAGUAUAAUUUAUACUUUUAAGUGUGAAUCCCACACAGCAACCAUCUAAGAAUUUAGUAUUGUUAUGAGUAUUAAUAAAAUCUGACAUGAAAGGAUGCUAAGGAGUCUAAAUGAUGAUUACCAAGUGAAUAGGAUAUGUUCAUUUUGGAAAAUGUAAACACUAUAAUUGAUGGAAAUAAAAUGUUUAGAAUACUCCCCUGUGACAAAUAUACUCAUUUACUUCUCCUCUCUAUCAUAUGACCUGUUUUUCUUUUCAUCCUCUUUUCUUUUACUCUCUUCUUCCCCAAUGUCAAAUACCCAUUUUCAUAAUGAGAAAACAUUAGAAUUUUUAGUUUAUCUCAUAAUACAUAACAGUUUAUAUUCUAUAACCCUGUCUCUGUAUCUGUCUAUCCUUGAUAACAUUGGGAAAUAUAGAGAAAUAGAACCUUUUAGCUCCUUAAAGUCAGUUUUCACCUCUCAGUCAUCAGAUUUUUCAUGUCCAAUCAUAUUUCAUCCACAAGAGAAACUUUUCCAAAAUAAAAGUUAGUGGAAGAAAUGAAAUAUUUAUUAAUAUUAUAAGUUUUAUUUGAAUAAAAUUGUAUUCUAUGGGUGAAAAGAAUAGAGAAAGAUUUUUCAAAGUGAUCUGAGGCAUUCUUUGUCUUCUGAUUCAAAUUAAUUUAAAACUAUUUCUGAACUAGACAUUUCAUGUACAUUCAAUUUUUUUCUUGCCAAAAAUAAACAAGGAAUUAGACUCUAGAAUUUUCUAAAAUGAUUGUGAACACACAAAGUUGAUAUGUUUCACAUGUUUUAUUGUCAAGUUUCUUUCACAUGCUAAUUGUGAUUUUCUUCUUUGCAGAGUUUAUCUCCCUAUCUAAAUUAGCAUUUUUGUCAUUGUUUUAUAGACAGUUGUUGGACUUGGGGAAGACAGUGCAUUGAAUCCCCAAAAUGAAGAUUACAUAACCACACUUGAACAAGUAUUUAAUGACUUAUCUUCUAUGCAGCAGGGCCCCUGCUAUGCACUGGAAAUACGAAGAUAAAAGCAAACCAAUCCCUCCCUCAAGAAGCUUGUAUUCUAGUAGCAGUUUAAUUAAAAAAAAAACUAAUCCAUGAAAGAAGUUCAUUAUGUAAGUUAUAUUACCUUUCUAUAUUGUUAGCAUCUUAAAAUUAAAAAAAAAAAAAACAGAAACAAAAAACCGUUUCCACAGAUAUGCAUCUGGCACCC